AUGGUGGAGAAAAUCUACCUCACCUAUAAUGAUGUACACAAGCUCUGCAAGGAGGCCGCGCCCAAGAUCCUCGCCGACUUCCAGCCCCAACUCAUAAUUGCCAUUGGUGGCGGCGGCUAUGUGCCUGCUCGUAUCUUGCGCUCUUUCCUCAAGCAGCCCGGCAGCCCUAACAUCCCCAUCCAGGCCAUCGGCCUCUCUCUGUACGAGCAGCUUCCCAUCACCGGUCCCUCCGACGCCGUCGCCGGGCCCCCUGACCAGAUCGGAACCAAGGUCACUCGUACGCAGUGGCUGGACCUGAGCAGCCUCGGCGAGAUCCAGAACCUCGUCGGCAAGCGCAUCCUGAUCGUGGACGAGGUCGACGACACCCGGACGACACUCGAGUACGCCGUCAAGGAGCUUGAGAAGGACGUCGAAGAGGCGCGACAGCGACUGGGCCCCGGCGCCGGAAAGACGCAGUUCAGCAUAUUCGUCUUGCAUAACAAGGACAAGCCGAAGAAGGGGGCGUUGCCCGCGGACAUGAUGGAGGAGUCGAGGUAUCUGGCGGCACGGACGGUCGGCGACGUCUGGAUAUGUUACCCGUGGGAGGCCACCGACAUCGACGCGCACGACGAGCUGGCAAAAAAGGCCUAUAGCAACGGGACUUCCUAGUCCCGAGGUAACCAGGCGCGCGCAUUUAGAAGUAUUUCUUUUUCGGAUAAGGUAGAUAGGGCAUGUUGAUAGACACUAGAGAGCCAAUCCAUACAUACCUAGGGGGCAGGCUAGACGACGCCAGCCUAACACCACGAGAGCAGAGCAGAGCAGAGAGUAGGGUAGGGCAGAGCAGAACGGGGCAGAGUAGGUCGUGCUCCCCGCGUAGGAUCAAACCGAGCAGCGCUCAGCUUCUACCGAAUUGGUCUAUUGCUGCUCGACUUCAGGGGUAUAGGGUACACGCGUAGUCCUCUCCUUCUGGUUUCUUUC